AGCGACAUGACCACAAUGGAAAUCGCGCGCCACGCCAAACAGACUCUGCACGCCCCUGCGCUCCGAUUUGAUGCUCUCUGAGAUUCUGAAAAUACACGAAGGAGAAAGACAAGUCCCAAGGCAUGAAUACAAUAUUUAAUCAACUAUAUGUCCACUCUAAGCGUCCGUCUUGCUGUAACUAUUGACCAUCGAUAGUUGUGUGCUCAAGUUUACCGAGAUCCAAAGUUGUCAGGCAGCGUUCAUUGAACGCAUGCGCAUUGCAUCCACUAUCCAGCUCAAAAUAAGAGUUAAAACAGAAACGAGUGCAGGAGGAGGAGAGCAGGGAGAGAUGACUGACACCCCGCCCAGCGAUGGCCCCUCCCAGGGGGCAGAGUUUGACAUGAUGGGUGCUCUGGACUGGCAGGACGGCAUCGCCACACUGCCCGGCAGCGACAUCAAGUUCCGUAUGACAGAGUUUGGAACUUUGGAGAUCGUGACAGAGCCAGAGGUCAAAGAGGCAGGGCCAACCCCCCAGAACCCUGCCCAGUCGAAAAGCCCCACCCCUCCACCAGAGGCCCAAUCGGAGAGCGGUGCAGCCUCUUCUGCAGCCAAGGAAGUCCAGCCACUUGCACCCAAGGCUCAAGGCCCUGUGCUUCUGUCUCUAGAGGAGGGUCCCACUGUGGAGGAGCCGAGAGUGGAGGUGGGCCCCAGGGCGGAGGUUGGCCCCAGGGCGGAGGCGGAGGUUGGCCCCAGGGCGGAGGCGGAGGUUGGCCCCAGGGCGGAGGCGGAGGUUGGCCCCAGGGCGGAGGCGGAGGUUGGCCCCAGGGCGGAGGCGGAGGUUGGCCCCAGGGCGGAGGCGGAGGUUGGCCCCAGGGCGGAGGCGGAGGUUGGCCCCAGGGCGGAGGUUGGCCCCAGGGCGGAGGUUGGCCCCAGGGCGGAGGUUGGCCCCAGGGCGGAGGUUGGCCCCAGGGCGGAGGUUGGCCCCAGGGCGGAGGCGGAGGUUGGCCCCAGGGCGGAGGCGGAGGUUGGCCCCAGGGCGGAGGCGGAGGUUGGCCCCAGGGCGGAGGCGGAGGUUGGCCCCAGGGCGGAGGCGGAGGUUGGCCCCAGGGCGGAGGCGGAGGUUGGCCCCAGGGCUGCGAUGGCUAGCUGUAGGUCGUGUGGGGGCUCCGGUCCACUGGAGAGUUUCCUCCAGGGCAAAUACUGCAGCUCCAUUUGUGUCCAGCCCUCCAGUGGCAGGUCAUCACCCGGAGAGCGGAGGGAGAGAGUGGGGGGGGAGGGGGGACUGGGGAAACGAGUGAGGAAGAAGAGGAAGAUCUACAUGGACUCUGGUGAUGAAGACGAAGACAACCAGGAGGAGGAAGAGGACAAGUCCAAGGCUGUCAAAGGGAGGAGAGCUGCUAAGCUGGCAAAGCUAGUGACAGCCCCACCCAAUAAGAAGCGACCCUGGAGCUGGCCCUCCUACAUGGAGGAGGAGAAGGCUAUAGCUGCCCCCCUUAAACUGUUCAAGGAGCACCAGUCGUUCCCUCAGAGCAGGAAUGCCUUCAAAGUGGGGAUGAAGUUAGAAGGACUGGACCCCUGUCACCCCUCUCUGUUCUGUGUGCUCAGUGUUGCUGAGAUCCAGGGUUAUAGGGUAAGGCUUCAUUUCGACGGGUAUCCAGAGUGCUAUGACUUCUGGGUAAAUGCUGACACCUGGGAUGUAAAGCCGGCAGGCUGGUGUGAGAAGAUGGGACACAAGCUGCUACUGCCGAAAGGUUGUAAGGAUGGGGAGUUCAACUGGAAUAUGUAUGUGAAGAACUGCAGAGGUCAGCUGGCCCCCAAACACCUCUUCAAGAGCCUCAACACGUCGGUGACUCCGUCAGGGUUCCGUGCGGGUAUGAAGCUAGAGGCGGUGGAUAAGAAGAACCCAUAUCUGAUCUGCGUAGCGUCCAUCGCGGCUGCUGUUGACAACAGACUCCUCAUACACUUUGACAACUGGGACGACACCUAUGACUACUGGUGUGAUGCCAGCAGUCCCUACAUCCACCCUGUAGGCUACUGUGAGGAGGCUGAGCUGACCCUCACCACCCCUGCUGAGUAUAAGCACCCGAGGAGUUUUUCCUGGGAUAAAUACAUGGAGGAGACUGGCACACAGGCAGCCCCUGCACGUGCCUUCAAACUGCGUCCGUGCCAUGGGUUCCAGGCUGGAAUGAAGCUGGAAGCCGUCGAUAAGAGGAAUCCCAUGCUCAUUCGCGUAGCAACCAUCGCAGAGGUGGAGGACCACCGACUGAGGAUCCAUUUUGAUGGCUGGAGUGAGGAGUACGACUACUGGGUGGAUGCUGACUGCCCAGACCUGCACCCUGUGGGCUGGUGUCAGAAGACUAGUCAUCCCCUACAACACCCCUCCAAUGGCUCCACUGAUAUGCUGGUCCUCCCAGGGCAGGGCUGUCCUACCCCAGGAUGCAAUGGGGUUGGUCACAUCCGUGGACCCCGCUACGGAACCCACUACACGGGGGUGAGCUGUCCGUACUCGGAGAUGAACCUGAACAGGGAGGGCCAGGUACCAGACCGUCUGAGUGGAGAACGACCUAUGACCCUGAGUGGACCUCAUCACCGUGGGCGACGCCCAGACCCUCCUCCACACACCCAGACAAACAGCCCCACCACACCGGAGCAGCCCGAGCCUGCAGACGACUCCCCUCAGACCAGUGUAACUAGGGGGCCGACGGUUGACGAGGGUGAACGAUCCAGGUGCAGCAGUCAGAGUGAGCCACCAGGGGGCUCCACUGAGCCCAUCAACGACGGAGCCAAGGCCAAGAGGUCUGCUCCAGUCCCAAAGUAUCUGAAGCUGCACGUCGUCAAGCAGGAGAGUGGAGAUGGGAAAGACUCCCUGUCUCUCCAGCAGGCGCUCCAUGAGUCCGUGUUCUCCCCGGGUGGCUCCUCCUCUCCCCCUCACAGGGUGGCUCUGUGCUGGGACAAACACUGCCAGCUGCUCCCUGAGGUCCUGGGCCUCACAGCUAAGAGAGUUGCAACCUGGACCGCCGACGAGGUGGCCAGUUUUGUCAAAGGGCUCCCAGGCUGCAAAGAUCAUGCUGCCACCUUCAGGACAGAGCAAAUGGAUGGAGAGGCCUUCCUGCUUCUCACCCAAGCAGACAUAGUCAAGAUCCUGUCAAUCAAACUAGGCCCUGCCCUCAAGAUAUACAACGCCAUACUCAUGCUGAAGAACGCUGAUGAGGAGUGAGACGCCCCCUGACGCUUCAUUUCCUCCCACACCCGACCGCUGUAUCUGAAUAGUCUAGAGAAGUUUAAUCUCCUUUCUUUGCCUCCUCACCUUAUUCUCUUUGGUCUUCAUCUGCACUGAUCUGAGCCUGUAGGAUAGGUCAGAGCAACGUAAUGGAUGGCCACCAGGAAUCUGCUUUCAGCUAUCCUGUUCUUCCACAUCAGUGUAGAGGAGUAGAGAGGAUGUACCUGGUGUCAGUGUAGAGGAGUAGAGAGGAUGUACUUGGUGUCAGUGUAAAGGAGUAGAGAGGAUUCAGAGAGGAGGUACCUGUGGUGUCUGUUGGAAGAUCUUAAUUGCAUACUCCUUGCGUCCUCUCCUCGUCUCCUCAAAACCCAUUAGAUGAGAGAUCCAGAGGAGAGAGGACGAUAGGAUUAUGCAAUUGAGAUCUUACCUGUCAGACAGACAUCACAGACAACCCAAGAAAGUGUUUUAUACUAUAACAUAGCAACAAUUAUAAUUUAAAGGGGCAAUCCGGAGUUGAAACAACAAUGCCGUAACCCCACCACUGUUUUGGCCAAAAGCUGAGGGAUGGAUGGGGCUGGAGAAAUGUUACCGCUCUCAAAUUCAUAGACAGAACUAUGUAUACAAGGACUGACCAUCAUCAAAAUGAUAGUUUGAACCAUGUUUUGAGGCUAUACCGUGUUUGUUUACAUUUACUUUGUUUACCAACAUUGAAGAUGAACAAGCUUAUAUUUGUUGUUUUGGGGUUCUGAUGGGGUACGACAGUUGAACUAAGCUCAUGAGGCAUUUAUAAGAUAUUCUUUGAGAAUCAAUGGGUAUAUAUCAAAAAAUGUAUGUAGCAACUGCAGAUUGCCCCAUGAACCUAAAUGUUUUUCUGAGUGAGUAAGAAAUGAGCAGUGGGCACCUUUUAAAGUUCAGGCAUCUUUAAAGUAUUGAUAUUGAAUUCAAUUUGAAGGUAGACUCAGUGAAAUGACGUUGCCACGAGCAGUUCCACAGAUAUUGAGAUGAGUGAGAUGCAGGACCUCACACACGGUGUCUGCGGAGCAGGAGGCUGGUGGCCCUUUAAUUGGGGAAAACGGGCUCAUAGUAACGGCUGGAACGGAAUCAAUGGAAUGGUAUUGGUUUCCAUGUGUUUGAUAGCAUUCCAUUUACUCCAUUCCAGACAUUACUAUGAGCCGUCCUCCCCUCAGAUGUGGAUGGGUUCGCUUCACACUGUUCCCUGGCCUGGCUACCGGGAAUCAAAACAGAGGAGAAGUUAAGCCUCGCGCUUUAACGCUCGUAGUUGUUGUGGGAAUUGAUCCACAAUGCUGUUUACUUUCAGCAUCUACGUCAUAUCGCUGCUUCAACCUUUAAUAUUAUAAUUUUUUAAAAUCUGCUUUUAUUUGAAAUGGUUGAGGAAAUGGUGCUCAGCCCUGAGCAGAUGGAACCAGAUUAGUCCAUACAUGUUUUUACUGGAAUACUUGUUGAUUUCUUAUUUAUUGUUGUGAAAGAAACUCACCAUGUAGUUUACCUCUCUGUCAGAUGGAUACAUUCCUCUACAUGUCCAGGGCAGGAAGAGGUUGGCACGUCUCAAGGCUUGGGUGGAGGGAGAGGAUUGGUUUGUGUGUGUGUGUGUGUGUGUGUGCGCCUGUCAGAUGUUUAUUUAAAAGGGUGAAUGUUAUAGCAUUGGAACUUUAAGGAAAGCUGGACUUCAGGUCUAAUUCAACUGAAGAGAGAUGUUUUUCUAUGUACCUGCUUUAGAGCUAAUGGUAAAACACUAAUGAAAUUGGAACGUAAAGAAAGAGACAAAAUUCAUCAAUUUGUUCUGAAUGAAUAUUGUUUCCUGUUUCAUUGAUCUUUGUGUACACAGUGUAAAUAGUGUAUUAUAGCUCUGGGGUUGUGACACCCUGCAUCCCUAUAGGAAGUGGUUAUUUGGAAGCUUAUGCAAAUCAAUACCAAUCUUUUCCAAGAAAUUAAAAAUCUAUUUUUUUUUCAUUGAACUGAGGAAUUCAUCUUUUAAAGCUUUAGUGAAAUUUUGUAAACUAUUUUUUUUUGUCAAUCUCCUCCGUGCGAUACCUUGGAAGUGUGUUGCAAUGAGCUUAAAUGUGUGUAUCAACAAUAUAGUUUAUAUUCAAAACCGGGAUUUCUGUAUUUGAAUUUAAGGGGCAUUGAUAAGUGCUGUUGACUUGUGAGAUGGUGUGAGUGGUGUAAGUACAUGAUGGCUUGCGUUUGCUGGAGUGUGUGAGUGGAAUGGAAUAAAUGAAAUGCAGUCUC